AUGGUUACAUGGUGUGUGACGGCUGGUACUUUGCUGUCGGAUGAAUUUCAUAUUUUCAUAGAAUAUAUCGUUAUAAAACCUUCGUUCUUUAACAAGAUUAAAUCCUUCUUCCAGAAUCAACAAGGACAGGACAAGGAGGCCAAAAGUGACACUCAAUCAACCUCUAAUAAAACCAGACGUUCUGAAUCUUCGUUCCACGUACCUGGAGGUUUUUAUGAUUCAAACGUAGCGGCAGAAAGCAGUGCUAUCUUGUCCCGUGUGCUGAGCAGUCACACCACGGCAAACAGUACGUUUGAUGGAUUAAACAAUGAAGAAAAUGAAGAAGAAGAGGAUCCAAAUGUCUCGAAUGCAAAACUUGCUUCAUUCUUCAAAGAAAAGGGUGAUCGUCCAUUAACGGAGAUGGAAAUGGAAGGUGUUAUUUCGUUAAUGAAGAAAAGCCGGUCUGUAUCAUCCACUCCGUACGGCAGUAGGAUUAUUAGUGAAUCCAAACAUGCUCCAACUAGCAAGAUUUUAAGAACGACAUCUGAAUCCAUAGCUACACCUUUAAGAGCAACAUCAUAUACACCAAGAUUUGAAGAUACUUCACAGGGAAAUCACUCUAUAAGAAGUACUAGAUCAUCCGUGACAAGGCGUAUCUUUGACUACUCUAAGGUCCCUUCGCCAUAUAGAACCACUGUUUACAAGUACAGUGCUGGAAGUCUACCAAGUAAGGAUAAAGAUUCGAAUACUUCUCUAUCGCAACCCAUCGAAACGAAAAACAAGGUUACUAGGAACAGAGCUCAACAACCUAAGAAACUAAGUAAUACAGCAUCUGCCCUAAUGUCGAUACUCGAUGGAGACAGUGCCAAGAAUGCCCAGACUACGAAUGUGUCUGUAGCCUCGUCAAUCGCGAACCCAUAUGCGUCGCAUGUUGCAAGAGUUCGUAAAACCAAACCGUCCGAAACAUCCUCGUCACAUCCUCCAAGUACCCCAGCGAAGUCUACAGGCAGCAAUAUCACAGAUCCCCAGCCUUCAUUGAGCCUUAACUCAUCAUCACAACCACAAAAUACCACUAGUAUAUCUUUAGAGAAAGAAUCCUCCAAGACGACGGAUGGAGCUAACAACACCACAAACACAAAUGCGAAUGGUUCCAGCCAGUAUAAGCCAGUCAUUUCAUCAUCAUUGAGACAGGCAGUGACCGCUGAGAAAUCUCCGGUCAAACCAGCUGACGAAAAACAGCCCGAAUCAAAGCCACAACCAGCAGCCCAGAUAUUCGGAAAUGACAGCAGUAAGAAUAGCAAUUUCAGUUUCACCUUCCAGAAGCCAGAGCCCUUCAACAUGCCUAGCCUACCCAAAAGCACUAUCCCUUCUAAGGCUGAUAGUACCAAUGGGAAAUCGCAUACCUUUUCAUUUGGCAAAACUGAGCCAGUGAAACCAAAGGAAACGGAAGCUUCCGAAAAACACACCAAACCAGCACUUCAAUUCUCCUUUGGAGAAGCACCAAAGAGCAACGUCGACCCAAACACAAUUGAUAAAAGGAAGGUAGAGCAAUAUAAAUCGAUGUUUGCAUUUUAG